AUUUUAUUUUAAAGAGGACCAUUAAUUUCUGAAUGGAAAAGCAAAAGUCCGGCCCACGAAAAGAAUAUUAAGUACUGAUUUGAACGGUUUUCAAAAUCGGAAGAACCCUAAAAUUUACUGAACUCACAAUUUCAUUCGGAUUGUUCUUCCCCCAGUUUUUCUAACAAGAAAAACGAUCUGAUAAUGGCGAUGUUUUGGAAGAGAAUUUAUCUUCCGAAACUUGUGAAGAAGAGAGAUAAUUCUACCAAGAGAUCGCGAAUUAGGCGAGGAAAUGAUCGGAAUAAUUUAGUGUUUUAGCCGAUCGGGGUUGAUUCUGGCGAAGAAGGCUUAUUUUUCGGGUCUGUGCGAAGCGAAGUUUUCUUUCGACCCCAUUAUGAAAAUGUCCGAGUGUAUUGUCGAUUGUCAAAAGCUUUUCGGGAACUUCGAUCGGUUGCAGGGUUUUAAAUUGAUUGUAUACUGCAAGCAGAAUAUGAAGAUAUACGAACAACCGAGAGAAUCAUAUUUUGUUCGAAAUCACUUUUGCAAGUUGGAGAUGACAUCGUCAUUAGCAGGCGUUAGUAAAAUUGUUGAUAAUUGGUUGCGUGAAUGCCAUGGGAGUACUAUUUCACUAUUAUCACCCAGCAGUGAGCUAACAAAGUUAAUCCACACGAUGAUAAUGGACAGAGAAGAAAGCCCGACUUGCUGUGGAUUCUACGCAAACAAAUGUUGGAGGCAUUACUUAGAAGAUGUUAUAAUUUCGAACACUACUUAUGGCUUCAAAUGGAGGUCUAGACAGAGGAAUCAUUAGCUUGAUGCUUCGACAUUUUGUUUUUGUAAUCGAUUGUUUUCGGUCUCUUCUUAAAUGAAAUGGAGUUCAUCUUUCUUUUUAAUUAUAUGUAUAUAUAUAUAUAUUGCCUUCCUUUUGAUUGGCAACGUAAGUCGUGAUUAAUUAAAUAAUUCGAUCU